AUGGAUCCCGGAGGACACAAGCUAUAUGAGUGCUCGGAGUGUGAGAGAAGCUUCAUUUCAAAGUCACUUCUUACAGUUCACCAGAAGAUUCAUAAUCAAGAGGAUCCGUCUGAAAAGUACGAACAAAACAAGACAAAUCUCACUGAUCACCAGAGGAGUCUCACAGGAGAGAAGACAUUUCAAUGCUCAGAAUGUGGUCAGUGUUUCCCAAAAAAGGACAAUCUGUUUAAACACCAGAGGACUCACACUGGAGAGAAGCCAUUCAGAUGUUUAAAAUGUGACAAGUGCUUCACACAAAAAAGAAAUCUUACUAAACACCAGAGGACUCACACUGGACAUAAAUCAUUUAGAUGUUCAGAAUGUGACAAGUGCUUCACACAAAAAGGAAAUCUUAUUGUACACCAGAGGAUUCACACUGGAGAGAAGCCAUUCAGAUGUUCAGAAUGUGACAAGUGCUUCACACAAAAAGGAAAUCUUAUUGUACACCAGAGGAUUCACACUGGAGAGAAGCCAUUCAGAUGUUCAGAAUGUGACAAGUGCUUCACACAAAAGGGAUCUCUUACUCACCACCAGAGGACUCACACUGGGGAGAAACCAUUUAAAUGCUCAGAAUGUGAUAAGAGCUUCAGACUAAAGAUAACACUUACUGAGCACCAGAUUAUACACACGGGGGCGAAACCAUAUAGAUGUUCAGAGUGCGACAUGUGCUUCUCACGAAAGAGCAAUCUUAUUAAUCAUCAGAUGAUCCACACAGGAGAGAAACCAUACAGCUGUUCAGAAUGUGACAACUGCUUUUUAAUAAAGAAAUAUCUCACUAAACACCAGAAGAUCCACACAGGAGAGAAACCUUUUAAAUGUCCAGAAUGUGACAAGAGCUUUGCACGAAAGAUAAAUCUUACUGAGCACCAGAAAACCCACACAGGAGAAAAGUUAUUUAAAUGUUCAGAAUGUGACAACUGCUUUUUAAUAAAGAAAUAUCUCACUAAACACCAGAAGAUCCACACAGGAGAGAAACCAUACAGCUGUUCAGAAUGUGACAAAAGUUUAUCCUCCAAAUUUCAGCUAAGUGUUCACUGGAGUACUCACACAGGAGAGAAACCACCCCACUGUCCAGAAUGUGACAAAUGUUUCACCACCAAAUAUCAGCUCGUUGAUCAUCAGAAGACUCACACUGGAGAGAAACCUUUUAAAUGUCCAGAAUGUGACAAGAGAUUUGCACGAAAGAUAAAUCUUAUUGGACACCAGAAAACUCACACAGGAGAAAAGUUAUUUAAAUGUCCAGAAUGUGACAACUGCUUUUUCAUAAAGACAUAUCUCACUAAACACCAGAAGAUCCACACAGGAGAGAAACAAUACAGCUGUUCAGAAUGUGACAAGAGCUUCACCUCCAAAUCUCAGCUAAGUGUUCACUGGAGGACUCACACAGGAGAGAAACCACACCACUGUCCAGAAUGUGACAAAUGUUUCACCACCAAAUCUCAGCUCGUUGAUCAUCAGAAGACUCACACUGGAGAGAAGCCUUUUAAAUGUCCAGAAUGUGACAAGAGAUUUGCACGAAAGAUAAAUCUUACUGAGCACCAGAAGAUCCACACAGGCGAGAAACCAUACAGGUGUUCAGAAUGUGACAAGAGCUUCACCUCCAAAUAUCAGCUAAGUGUUCACUGGAGGACUCACACAGGAGAGAAACUACCCCACUGUCCAGAAUUUGACAAAUGUUUCACCACCAAAUCUCAGCUCGUUGAUCACCAGAAGACUCACACAGGAGAGAAACCUUUUAAAUGCUCAGAAUGUGACAAGUGCUUUUCAAUGAAGAAAUAUCUCAUUAAACACCAGAAGAUCCACACAGGAGAGAAACCAUACAGGUGUUCAGAAUGUGACAAAUGUUUCACCACCAAAUCUCAGCUAAGUGUUCACUGGAGGACUCACACAGGAGAGAAGCCAUUUCAAUGUUUAAAGUGUGACAAGAGCUUCACACAAAAGAUGCAUCUUUUUCAACACCAGAAAAUCUGCAAUGAAAUAGUGGUGUUGUUUUAA